AUGGAUCAAAACAGGAUGGAAGUCGACCAGUCUAGGGUCUUAGAUGAGAAGGAGGAAGCCAAAAAGAGAGAGGAAAAGGAGAGGAUAAAGCUCGAAAAGCGGCAGGUCAGACAGGGGUACCGGUCACUCAUCGCAACCACCGAAGUGUUCGGCACCAAUGAGGCGACCAUGGAUGCCAGAGUCUUGGUGAAUGCAGCGGAUCUAGGAGUACAAAAGGCAAAGCAGCUUCGCAUGGGACAAGGAGGAUUCGACGAGAACGAGUAUGUCACUCGGCUUAUCAGCAAGAUGGGCGGACACGAGAUUGACAAUGAACAGCAGGCGAUGGAUUGGACAAAGGUUGGAAAGAUUGCCAUGAAGUGGUCCCGCAAAGUUCCUACCAUGGACUUCAUGCUGGGUCCGAUGGCGGUGGAACACAAGACGAGGACGAUGGCACAAAGGACAAGGGUUGUUCGGGAUCCAAAGGCGAUGAGAAAACCACAGGAACUGCGAGAGGAAGAUAUUGCGCGGCAGGAGAACGAGACGACCAAGAAUGUAAUGCAAGUCAACAACAUUCUGGAGGAACUAAACCGCAAGGUGAACUUGUUUGAGCUGGUGAUCAAUCCAGAGUCGUUUGGGCAGACGGUCGAGAAUAUCUUUUACUUGUCGUUCUUGGUGCGAGAUGGCAAGGCGAGUAUCUUGGAGGUGGACAUGGCGGAUCCCAACCUGGGAGAUGUGGAUGAGGACGGUGAACCGUGGGUUCCGGCAGAAGGAGCCAACGUUCAGCCGAUGGUAGAGUUGACGGAAGUACCUACUGCGGAGGAUUAUCAGGGUGGACUGUUGAAGAAGCAGAUGGUUCUCGAGAUUGACAUGGCUACCUGGCGCCAUUUGAUUGAGGUGUAUGAUAUUCGCAGGACGUUGAUCCCGACCCGUGUCUCGAGGGAGGCACAGGAGAAGGGCAAGUGGUACGGCUAG